ACCAAUUCCAUGCACGAGCGAGCUCAAAAAAAUACUAGAAGAGGCUGAGGAGAGAGGCUCCGAUCCUACUCAAGAAAGAUCAAUCAAAAGUAGAGCGAGACAAGACAAUAAUGGAUCAGUACCACACUGAGGAGGAGGAUGAAGUACUACCCGAAAUGCCAGUGAGUCCAACCGGACAGUACUUCAACAGCUCCGCCCUAUCACUCUCUAUUCUGGCUGUUUUGGAAUCCGAAAUUCCGCUUGACGACUCGCAAACUCUGACCCUGCUUAAGGAUGUCUUCCUCCCCAUCAACCCACGCUUUUCCUCCAUCAUGGUUGGAGACAAGAACGGAGUCAAAAAAUGGAAGAGGGUGGAAGUGACGCUAGAAGACCACAUCAACGUCCCUUCUUUUCCCGUCGGAAUGUCGCCGGAAUUUUACGACGAAUGCUUCAACGACUACAUGACGAAAAUAUCAUUGGAACGAUUGCCACUGAACAAACCACUAUGGGAAAUUCACAUCAUCAAAUACCCUACUAGUAAUGCAGCUGGAACCGUAAUUUUCAAGCUUCACCACGCGCUCGGCGACGGUUUCUCUCUCAUGGGAGCUCUCCUUUCUUGCUUACAAAGAGCUGACAAUCCUUCUCUCCCUUUAACCUUCCCUUCUCGCGAAUCUAGCUCGAAAAGGGAUGGAAAAAAUAAAGGGAUUUUUCGGUGUCUGGGUCAGGUUUUCUCUGGGGUUGCCAAUACUGUAUCGGAUUUUGGGUCGACGCUCAUUAAGAGUCGCUUCACCAGAGAUGGGCUGUCACCGAUCCGGUCCGGCGGAGAUGGGGUGGAGUUCCGACCCAGCGUAAUAACCACCUUAACAUUUUCUCUUGACCACAUCAAACAAAUCAAGGCCAAGCUUGGAGUUACGAUAAACGACGUGAUUGUGGGAGUAAUCUUCUUGGGGACUCGAUUAUACAUGCAAGCAUCAUCAUCAAGCCACGAUGAUGAGCAGCAGCAGGGGAAUGCAAAUGCAAAUGCCACUGCACUAGUGGUGCUCAACACCAGAGCCAUUGGUGGGUACAAGACAAUUGGAGAGAUGGUGAAGCCCAAUUCCGAGAUGCCAUGGGGGAACCAGUUCACCUUCUUGCAUAUCACCAUCCCUAAACUGAAGCAUAGCGAGAACGAUGAUCAGACUAACUCAAACCCAAUCAGAUUUGUGAAGAAAGCACAUAGGAUGAUCAAGAGGAAAAGAAACUCGGCGGCCGUUUAUCUCACCGGUAGGAUGCUAGAGAUUCUCAGGAAGUUUAGAGGACCUGAGGUAGCAGCUCAAUACGUUUACAACACGUUGAAUAGCUCGAGCAUAGCAAUGUCGAAUUUGAUUGGGCCAGUUGAGCAAAUGGCUUUGGCAAAUCAUCCUGUUAAGGGAUUGUACUUCACACUGGUCGGCGGUCCAGAGAGUCUAGCAAUAACGAUCAUGAGCUAUGUGGGCAAGCUGAGGAUCACCAUCCGAAUGGAAAAAGGCUUCAUAGAUCCACCAAAAUUAAAUUCAUGCAUAGAGAAUGCCUUCGACAUGAUAUUUAAAGCCACCGUCGACAAUACCCCACCAUCAAAUACAUAAGAAGUUUGAUGCAAUGAAACUUGUGAGAGAGAGAGAGAGAGAGAGAGAGAGAGAGAGAGAACUAUAAGUGAAAAUAGCGUUAAAAGCUCAUACGAGGUAAAAAUUGCUUCAAACUGUAUCAUUUACUCAAAAACAAUUAUGUUUUUCUUUUUUAUGAGUGAUUAAUUUUCACUUGAAGUUUAAUUAAUGCAAAUGAGGUUAACAAA